CCUGGAUGCUGACGAAGGCUCGCGAGGCUGUGAGCAGCUACAGUGCCCUGCUCAGAAGCCCCAGGCUCGUCAGUCAAGUCGGUUCUCCAUUUGCACUUGGGAGCACGGGCAGGCGAGUGGCCCCUAGUUCCGGGAGCAGAGCAGCAACAUCCCAGUUCCCCAGCCUCGAGCCUCGCCUGCCCACCCAGUGCCAGGAUGGCCACCAUUACCUGCACCCGAUUCACAGAAGAGUACCAGCUCUUUGAGGAACUGGGAAAGGGAGCCUUCUCAGUGGUACGCAGGUGUGUGAAGGUGCUGGCUGGCCAGGAGUAUGCUGCCAAGAUCAUCAACACCAAGAAGCUCUCGGCCAGAGACCAUCAGAAGCUGGAGCGCGAGGCCCGAAUCUGCCGCUUGCUGAAGCAUCCCAACAUUGUCCGACUCCAUGACAGCAUCUCUGAGGAGGGGCACCACUACCUUAUCUUCGACCUGGUCACUGGAGGGGAGCUGUUUGAAGAUAUUGUAGCCCGGGAGUAUUACAGCGAGGCUGAUGCCAGUCACUGUAUCCAGCAGAUCCUGGAGGCUGUGCUGCACUGUCACCAGAUGGGGGUGGUGCACCGGGACCUGAAGCCUGAGAAUCUGUUGCUGGCCUCCAAGCUCAAGGGUGCUGCUGUGAAGCUGGCAGACUUUGGCCUGGCCAUAGAGGUGGAAGGGGAGCAACAGGCAUGGUUUGGGUUCGCAGGGACACCCGGAUACCUCUCCCCAGAAGUGCUGCGGAAGGACCCAUACGGGAAGCCUGUGGACCUGUGGGCCUGUGGGGUCAUCCUGUACAUCUUGCUGGUUGGGUACCCCCCAUUCUGGGAUGAGGACCAGCACCGCCUGUACCAGCAGAUCAAAGCUGGCGCCUAUGAUUUCCCCUCACCGGAAUGGGACACUGUCACCCCAGAAGCUAAGGAUCUGAUCAAUAAGAUGCUGACCAUCAAUCCAUCCAAACGUAUUACAGCUGCUGAGGCCCUCAAACACCCCUGGAUCUCGCACCGAUCCACCGUGGCCUCCUGCAUGCACAGACAGGAGACCGUGGACUGCCUGAAGAAGUUCAAUGCCAGGAGGAAACUCAAGGGAGCCAUUCUCACCACUAUGCUGGCCACCAGGAACUUCUCUGGAGGGAAGAGUGGGGGAAACAAGAAGAACGAUGGUGUGAAGGAAUCUUCUGAGAGCACCAACACCACCAUUGAGGAUGAAGACACCAAAGUGCGCAAACAGGAAAUUAUAAAAGUGACAGAGCAGCUGAUUGAAGCCAUAAGCAAUGGAGAUUUUGAGUCCUACACGAAGAUGUGCGACCCUGGAAUGACAGCCUUUGAACCCGAGGCCCUGGGGAACCUGGUUGAGGGCCUGGACUUCCAUCGAUUCUAUUUUGAAAACCUGUGGUCCAGGAACAGCAAGCCCGUGCACACCACCAUCCUGAAUCCCCACAUCCAUCUGAUGGGCGAUGAGUCGGCCUGCAUUGCCUAUAUCCGCAUCACGCAGUACCUGGAUGCAGGUGGCAUUCCCCGCACAGCCCAGUCAGAGGAGACCCGUGUGUGGCAUCGCCGGGAUGGCAAAUGGCAAAUUGUCCACUUCCACAGAUCUGGGGCACCGUCCGUCCUGCCUCACUGAAGGACCAGGCCAAGUCGCUGCGUUGCUGCAUCGCAGAGAUCCACUUUCAUUUGUGGAACGUGGCUGCUGGUUCUCUCUUGGAUUUUGCUGGAAUUCUUCCCAUAUUACAUCACCCUACCACUGUCACCUCUGUACCGGCAUCAAGAAAAUCUGCUUGUUCAUAAAAGCCAUCACAACAUCAGAUCAAAUGGCCAGCUCUCCCCACCUCCGCUUCUCACUCUCAUUUUCUUCCUGCCAGUGGGGACCUUUCUCAGGCUUGGGUACCCAGAGUGCUGGCCCCAGGAACCCCCCCAACCUCCACCCACUGUUGUUGGUCUAGUCUGGCCUUGGCUGUGUGUGAGAGGGUCCCAGCUGUGCAUUCACCAGGCGCUGAGGAGGCUGAGUGUGGCGAGGGACCCUCUCUCCAAUCACACUUCUUCUGGGGUCCCCACAGACCAGUGGGAGAAGGUAAGAGAGGAGCCGACGGGGGAACCCCUGCCUUGAACUGCUGCCCUCAUCUGCUCCCCCUUCUGUGCUGACCUCAGGGUGGUCAGACCAACCGGUGUAGGGAGCUCCACCCCUCAGGUGCCCCCACUUGCUGCCUCCAUCCUGUGAAGUUUGACUCCAGCAUUACCCUGCCUACUCUGCCCUCCACUGUCCUUGGAGAAUUCCAGCCUCAUCCGUCUGAGAGAUCUGAUUGGGUUUCAGGGGCAAAGCAAGCAACAUUUAAGUAUCACUUCUACUUGGACGCAUGCCUUUUUACAGCCAAACUUCUGUGUGUUUCGUAAAUGGAUUUUGCGUUAAUGGAUAUUUAUGUAAUAAUUAGACCUCUCAGAUAUUUGUGAGGAAGAGCUGGGUUGGGUUGGGAAGAGGGGCGAGGGUGAGUUUUUACUCUUUUCUAGAUUAUUUUUUCUGGUCCUUUCUGAGGUGGCCGCAGUCCCAGGGAGCCAUAGCCUCUCUCCAUUCUGGUCCCCAAGGUGAGAUGACACAAGAUGCCUUCCAGGGACAAUGUGACUAAGACACAGCAAGACAGGGCCAUAGGGAUAGAAAUGUCUGGACUUAGCUUCUCUCUUACACUGGGGUCCUUCCACUGCGAUUCCUAGAAGUUUCUUCCCUACAUCUUUGUGCCAUACUCCUGCCCCCCACCCCCAAACUUUCAGAGAGCACACGUUCUCAAUGUUUGGCCAAAACAGAGUACUAGAAACUUCUUUUCCCAUUUCAUGCUGAGCCUCUGGCUGGCUGACAACCCCCACCUUCUCUCUUUCUCUUCUUCUCUCUCCCUCCCCACCCCCUCUUUCCAGGAUUGGUUCUGAUGUGGAAUGCCAUGGCUUGUCCACUGGGAUCCUGUCUGCACUGUUUUCUUUGCAUGACUUUAUAUGCAGUAUGUUGAAAAAAAAAAAAAAAACACUCAGCAAAAGCAAAAUCAAACUACAUGUUUUGGACAAAAAAUAACAACACUAGAGGUUGUAUUCUUAGUGUCUGACUCAGAAUUAUGUCGCAGCCUCUCUGUGCUUUUGGCCUCUUAUGGCCUUGUUUUUCCAGCAUGAGACAGUGUCCCCUCUGGAGGGUUCUAGGGGAGGAAGAGUCAUGUGUCCAGGAUUUGGAGGAGGCUCUGGUUUCCUCAGCCUUUCUGAGGGUUAGCUGGAGUGGAAAUGGAAGGGAUGUUUAAUUCAAAACUUUCUGGUGUCCCUCUCCUUACAUAUUGGGAACUGUGUUUGGCUCUUCUCUCAAGUCCUGCCACUGAGGGACAAGUGCAGGCCAGGAGUGGCUCUGUUGUCCAAGCUACUCCAUUAUUGUCCUCUGCCCUUGGCAGAGAUGCUGCUACCCAGGCCCAAGGUUGGGCUCUUGGUCUGCCCCAGGUCCAGGGUUCUUCGUAAGGCCUAGCGAUCUCACUGUCCCAUGGCUAUCCCCAGCCAAAGGUGAGGGAGGCCAUUACCAAGCAAAGUCUGGUUCCCACUUCAAGCCUCAGUUUCUACAUUAGUGUUCCUACACAGGCUGAUCGGGGAUCAAACAGAUGGUGACAUGAAGCCAGCCUCACCUACGGGAGCUUGCUGGGUGUUUCUGGCUGGCCUUCUGUGUGGCUGGCCAGUCCCCAUCCUCUCCCUACUUACUUCUGGUUUCCCUCUUUGGUGCCUGUCUGUUGCUUAUCAGCAGUGGACUGCAGGGGAAGGAAGUGGUUGGGAGUUAGCAGGCUUCAAUUCUAGGCUGUGACCAGACUUGCUGUGUGACCUUGGGUGAGUCCUAUCCCCUCUCGGGGCCUUGAUGUUCCCCACCAGAGGACGCCCAUGCCCUGCCUUCCAUUGGUUGACAUGCCUCCUGUCCACUGUGUACCUCACCACACAUGGAAGAAGUGGAGGCAGGUCCCUACCCCAGUCUGAGAAGGCCUCCACUACAGAGGCCACUCCUGUGGGUGGGUAGCCAUCUAGUAUAAACCUCAGGACACUAGCAUGGCCCUGAGGUAACAGGCAGGGGAACGGCAGAAAAACUGCCUAGAGCCCACCCUCACCAGGUAAGCUCCUUGUUCCUCUCAAAUACCCUCUAAAUUUAAAAAAAAAAAAAAAAAAAAAAAAAAAAAAAAGCCAAGGCUCUG